GUUCCGAGAGCCCGGCCCGGGCAGGGCAGCACCGGGGACCGAGUGUUCGGGUGGCUUUGGUGGCACGGUCCGUCCAGGAGGACGCGGACGAGAAGCGGGCCGGAGCUGAGGCGGCGGGCACGGGUCUGUCUUCCCCGCCCCUCCCUGCGCGCGCCCGAGUGGUGGCGGCCGGGAGAAGGACUCGUGGCUGCGGGGCUCGCGCCUCUGUCAGUGCGGCGGGGCGCGCGAGCGGCGCGGGGCGCGGUGCUGAGGGAAGCCGAGGGGGCGGAAGCGGUGGCGACUGUCGCGCGUGUGCUCCGGGCUCCUCACGAGGCGGCCGGGGCCGCCUCCUCCCUCCCGCCCGCUCGCCCUCCGAGAGCGGCCGCGCCGUCGCCUUCCGCGCCGCGCGGCUUCCUCCAGACCUCGGCGCGGGUGGAUACCAUGUCCUUGAAGAUUCAGACCAGCAAUGUAACCAACAAGAAUGACCCCAAGUCCAUCAACUCUCGGGUCUUCAUUGGAAACCUAAACACGGCUGUGGUAAAGAAGUCAGAUGUGGAAACCAUCUUUUCCAAGUAUGGCCGUGUGGCUGGCUGUUCUGUGCACAAAGGCUAUGCUUUUGUCCAGUAUGCAAAUGAGCGCCAUGCCCGGGCAGCUGUGCUGGGAGAGAAUGGACGGGUGCUGGCUGGACAGACUCUGGACAUCAACAUGGCCGGAGAGCCCAAGCCCAAUAGACCCAAGGGGCUAAAGAGAGCAGCAACUGCCAUAUACAGUGGCUACAGCUUUGACUAUGAUUACUAUCAAGACUACUUCUAUGCCAGGCUGUUUGAUUAUCGAGGCCGCCUUUCUCCAGUGCCUGUGCCCAGAGCAGUUCCGGUGAAGCGACCUCGUGUCACGGUUCCUUUGGUUCGCCGUGUCAAAACUACAAUACCUGUCAAGCUCUUUGCCCGUUCCACAGCCAUCACUACUGGCUCAGCCAAGAUCAAGUUAAAGAGCAGCGAGCUACAGACCAUCAAAACAGAACUGACACAGAUCAAGUCUAACAUCGAUGCCCUAUUGGGUCGCUUGGAACAGAUUGCUGAGGAACAAAAGGCCAACCCAGAUGGCAAGAAGAAGGGCGACGGCAGCAGUGGUGGAGGAGGUGGCAGCAGCAGCAGUGGAGGCAGCAGUGGCAAUGCUGGUGGUAGCGGCGGCAGCAGUGGCAAUGCUGGUGGUGGCAGUGGCAGCUGCAGUAGCAGCAGCCGGCCACCAGCCCCCCAAGACGACACAGCUUCUGAGGCAGGCACACCCCAAGGAGAAGUCCAAACUCGAGAUGAUGGUGAUGAGGAGGGACUGCUAACACAUAGUGAGGAAGAACUGGAGCACAGCCAGGACACAGAUGCAGAAGAUGGGGCUUUGCAGUAAGCAGGAGAAAUGGCCACCAGCAGAAGAGCAUCACUGUCUCAGGCCUCAGGACAGGCACCCAUCUCUGGAUGCCAGUUUGUAGCGGGUACCAGAGGAAAGCUGACACUAGGCACUCCUCUCCCCAUGCAUCCCAGCCAGUGAGUGCUACAUCCUUUGCAAGUGGAGUUACUGGCCUACCCCUGACCCCAUGCACUCUUCCUGUCUGCACUGCCUGGGCCAAGGGGCAGAACACAUUCUGCCCAUUUUCCCCAGGGCAUUCCCAGGCUUGGGGUUUUUCUAUAGGUUUGAAAGUAGGGGGGGUUGGGAUGGGUGGG